AUGUCCUUCCAUUCUGGGCGAGGAUGUCCCCGUGGUCAGGGUGGAGCAGGAGCAAGAACUUCAACACAGACGUACCGCCCUCAGAACCUACGGCAGCUUCACCCGCAGCAGCCCUCUGUACAAUACCAGUAUGACCAGCAAACUGCCCCUCCAACAACCUAUUCCAACCCUCCAACCACUGGUUACAUGCCUCCCAGGCCAGACUUUGUGCCCUAUCCUCCUCCAGUGCCCCCUUCCACGCAGAAUCCCAUCAGCCAGUGUCCCAUGAGGCCACCGUUUCCAAACCACCAGAUGAGGCAGAGCUUCCCAGUGCCUCCGUGCUUUCCUCCUACUCCUCCACCUGUGCCAAAUCCUAGCAACGCUCCCGUGCCAGGAACUCCUGCUGGGCAAAGCACCUUUCCUUACAUGAUGCCUCCUCCCACGGUACCGCAUCCUCCCCCCCCACCAGUCAUACCACAGCAAGUCAACUACCAGCCUGUCUACUCCGCAGGGUAUUCGCAGCAGUCCUUCCCGCCGCCGAGCUUCGGUAGCUAUCAGCACAACUCGGGCUCCUUUCAGAGCAGCGCCGCCAACAGCAGUGGUGGCAGCAGCAGCCAUUUUCGGCACACGGGUCAGUACCAGGGAGAGAAGUCGCAGAGCGAUCGGCGGUCCCCAGAGAGAAGCAAGCACUAUGAUGAGCACCGGCAUCGUGAACAUGGUCACAUCCACGGUGACAGGCACCGGUCCACUAACCAUGGGGAUCGUCGGGAUCGAGGCCGGAGCCCCGAUAGGAGGAGGCAGGAAAGCAGUCGUCACCGGACAGAUUAUGAGAGAGGAAGGAUAUCACCUCAUCGCAGAAGUUACGAGUGUAACAGCUCCAGAGGUAGCCAGUACUCGGCUCUGAUGGCAAGAGUUAGUGCUUUGACAUCUUUCAGGGAGCGUGAGAGGGAGCGGCACAGGCAUCGUGACAGCAGAAGAUCACCAUCACCAGACAGAUCCUACAAAAAAGAUUACAAGAGAGCAGGAAGCCGGUCUCCAAGCAGAGAGAGAAAGAGACCCCGUUGGGAGGAGGACAGAGAAAGGUGGUCUGAGAACCAGAACUCCAGCAAAGAGAAAAGUUACACCACUAUCAAAGACAAAGAAUCAGAGGAGAAUGCAUCUGAAAAAAAUGAAGAGGAAGAUGAGGAAUUACUUAAGCCAGUCUGGGUUCGCUGUACCCAUUCUGAGAGCUAUUAUUCCAAUGACCCUAUGGAUCAAGUGGGGGACUCUACUGUGGUAGGAACAAGCAAGCUCCGAGAUCUUUAUGAAAAGUUUGAUGAGGAGUUAGGAAAGCGACAGGCAAGGGCCAAAGCAGCCAGGCCACCUUGGGAGCCACCGAAGACCAAGCUGGAUGAAGAUUUAGAGAGCUCCAGUGACUCAGACUGUGACUCUGAAGAUGACAGCAGCUGCUCGAGCAGUUCAGAUUCGGAAGUUUUUGACGUCAUUGCAGAAAUUAAGCGUAAAAAAGCACACCCUGAUCGUCUCCAUGAAGAGCUGUGGUACAAUGAUCCAGGGCAGAUGAAUGAUGGACCUUUGUGCAAGUGCAGCGCUAAAGCCCGCCGAACGGGAAUAAGGCAUGGCAUUUAUCCUGGUGAAGAGCCCAUUAAACCAUGUCGCCCCAUGACCAACAAUGCCGGAAGACUGUACCACUAUCGAAUUACGGUGUCACCUCCCACAAACUUCUUGACAGACAGACCUACCGUUAUUGAGUACGAUGACCAUGAAUACAUCUUCGAAGGGUUCUCAAUGCUUGCACAUGCCCCACUAACAAACAUUCCUCUAUGUAAAGUAAUCAGAUUUAACAUUGACUAUACAAUUCAUUUCAUUGAGGAGAUGAUGCCUGAGAAUUUUUGUGUGAGAGGUCUCGAGCUGUUCUCUUCUUAUCUAUUCAAAGAUAUUUUGGAGCUCUAUGACUGGAAUCUUAAAGGUCCUUCACUUGAAAAUGAUUCUAUUUCCUGCCCCAGAUUUCAUUUCAUGCCACGAUUUGUGAGAUUUCUUCCAGAUGGAGGAAAGGAAGUACUCUCAAUGCAUCAAAUUCUCCUCUACUUGUUACGAUGCAAUAAAGCUCUGGUGCCUGAAGAGGAGAUUGCCAACAUGCUUCAGUGGGAAGAACUGGAAUGGCAGAAAUACGCAGAAGAAUGCAAAGGGAUGAUUGUUACCAGCCCUGGCAUGAAACCCAGCUCAGUUCGUAUUGAUCAACUGGACCGCGAACAGUUCAAUCCUGAUGUAAUUACUUUCCCCAUUAUUGUCCACUUUGGGAUACGACCUGCUCAACUCAGUUAUGCUGGAGACCCUCAAUACCAGAAGCUGUGGAAGAGUUACGUGAAGCUGCGUCACCUGCUGGCUAAUAGUCCCAAAGUCAAACAGGCUGAUAAACAGAAAUUAUCCCAAAGAGAGGAAGCACUGCAGAAAAUUCGUCAGAAGAAUACAAUGAGACGUGAAGUGACCGUUGAGUUGAGUAGCCAGGGAUUCUGGAAAACAGGGAUACGCUCUGACGUCUGCCAGCAUGCAAUGAUGCUUCCUGUCCUCACCCACCACGUCCGCUACCAUCAGUGUCUGAUGCAUUUGGACAAAUUGAUAGGCUACACUUUUCGAGAUAGGUGCUUGCUGCAGCUUGCCAUGACUCAUCCAAGUCAUCACUUAAACUUUGGAAUGAAUCCAGAUCAUGCCAGAAAUUCCUUAUCCAACUGUGGGAUUCGACAGCCAAAGUAUGGAGAUAGGAAAGUUCACCAUAUGCACAUGAGAAAAAAAGGGAUAAACACCCUGAUAAAUAUUAUGUCCCGUUUGGGACAGGAUGAUCCAGCUCCUUCCAGGAUUAACCACAAUGAGCGUUUAGAAUUUCUGGGAGAUGCUGUGGUGGAGUUCUUAACAAGUGUCCACUUGUACUACCUGUUUCCUACUCUGGAGGAAGGAGGAUUAGCUACGUACCGCACUGCCAUUGUACAGAACCAACACCUGGCCAUGUUGGCUAAGAAGCUGGAACUAGAUCGAUUUAUGCUUUAUGCUCAUGGUCCAGACCUUUGCAGGGAAUCGGAUCUCCGCCACGCCAUGGCCAACUGCUUUGAAGCCCUAAUAG